CCUUGCCUUGAAAAGGUACUCAGUAAAAUGUUCUUUGACCUUCUUACAGGAAUAUUUACCGGUCUCCUGACGGCAGAUAGCCCUUUAUCUCCUGCACCAAAAGUACGUCAGAAGUGGCUCUCGUAGCUCCAUAUUGGAGUUACUCUACAAGAAGCCGAGCCAGACCUGAAUCUCUUCUCGCCAUUUCCAGUUUAAUUGCUGUCCAAAUUUUAUUCUUAAAAGGGGCUCCAAGAGCGCUAACCGAAAAACACCCAGGAUGGAGAUUUCUUCUCAUCAGUUUCACCUUCUGGAGCAACUGAAUGAACAGCGCAGGCAAGAUGAGUUUUGCGACUGCAGUAUCUUAGUUGAAGGGAAAGUCUUCAAAGCCCAUCGGAACGUGCUGUUCGCGAGCAGCGGCUACUUCAAGAUGCUUCUUUCCCAGAGUUCAAAGGAAACCAGUCAGCCUACCACGGCUACGUUUCAGGCAUUUUCGCCCGAGACUUUCACCGUAAUUCUGGAUUUCGUGUAUUCGGGCAAACUCUCACUCACCAGUCAGAAUGUCAUAGAAGUGAUGUCGGCCGCCAGCUUCCUGCAGAUGACCGACGUCAUAAGCGUUUGUAAGACGUUCAUUAAAUCCUCACUGGACAUUAGCGAGAAAGAGAAGGAUCGCUACUUCAGUCUGUCGGACAAAGACGCCCAUUCCAACGGGGUGGAGCGAGGUUCCUUCUACGGGCCUGGUUGGAGAGCCGAGAGCAGCCCUCCGCCUCCUCACCUAAGCCCCGAUCAAGGGACGGGCGCCGUGGGUGGAAAUUCUUGGAGCAAUUACAACUACUACCCGGCUUCCCAAAGGAACGUCCAGCCGCCGUUGGCCAAGCAAGAGCAGAGGCAAGAUUCCAGUAAGAAGUCCACCCGGCACCUAGCCCUGCCGCAGCCUUCUGACGUUCCUCCUUUCAAGACAAGUAAACAGGAAGAUCGCGCUUCCCAGCCUGCCGGCCCCAAUCCCCGUCCGGAAGAGCAAAUUGAUGCGGAAGUGGACUCCACCCAUGGUGGGUACCAGUAUGAUCGUGGGUGUGAUGUUACACCUAGAAACUUAACAGGGUCCCAACAAGAACACGAAUCCCCUCGGUCUGCUUCCAAAUCUCCAAAGGCAGAUGAAUCCUAUGCUAACAUGCCCUUAAUUUUAGGUGUGAUGGGCAGCUGGACUGAAGAUGAUCUGCCUCGGAUGAGAUUCAAGUGCCCAUUCUGCACCCACGUGGUGAAGCGGAAAGCGGAUCUCAAACGCCACCUUCGCUGUCAUACUGGGGAAAGGCCUUAUCCUUGCGAGGCCUGUGGGAAAAGAUUUAGCAGGCUAGAUCACCUAAGUAGCCAUUUUCGAACAAUUCACCAGGCCUGCAAGCUAAUCUGCAGGAAGUGCAAGCGCCACGUGACCGAUCUAACAGGACAGGUGGUACAGGAGGGCACGCGGCGCUACAGACUGUGUAACGAGUGCCUGGCAGAAGCUGGUAUAGACAGCGUGCCCAUCGAUUUGGACGCUGAACACUCUGUUGCCUCCCCUUCAGACAGAGAGAAGGGCUCGAGGUGGCACUUACGUGGAGAGGAGAGCAGGUCGUACGUGGAAAUCGUAGAAGACGGCUCUGCCGACCUGGUGAUCCAACAGGUCGACGACAGUGACGACGAGGAAGAAGAAAAAGAAAUUAAGCCCAACAUUAGGUAGUCGGGAGCAAACCAAGCCCGCAUGUCUUCU